GUGUUCCCAAUUGUUAUUGAAUGUGUUACGCGUUGGUCCUGUUUUAAAAAACGUUCUGGUUGCUUUGUUUCAAGACGUUUUUGCAAGCUGGCAAGGUGGCUUGUGGAGAAACGAGAGAGUGUUCCGUGUUUCUCGUGGAAAUGCGUCUCUGAUUGGCUCACUCCUCCUGCUCUCAAAGAAACGCGUCUCUGAUUGGCUCAGUCCUCCAGCUCCUGGAGGGAAUGUAAUGGGAAACAGAGUCGCCACUUCCCCGGGUGGUACUGCACUAUAGGGGCGCCAACGGAGGCGUGCAGGCUCCAUUCAGGGCUGUGCUCUUUCGACAGCGACCCCUAGGCGAGCUGUAGGCACGGAGCAACCGGAGUGAGCAGGCUUUAUGUAUGAGGCUUUGUGAUGUGUGUGUACCUGAGAGUAGCAACCAGCUGAUAGCUAAGCUAAGCUAUGUUUCGGGCCACCAGACGUUGCUUGUUUUGAAAACAAGCAGAAAAAAAUUACUCGACAUGUUUUUAGAUAAAUGGGUCGAUAUAAACCUUUGUGGGCAACGCCUUCUUUCGACGUGACGAAACACAGAAAGGCUUUCGUGAUUCGCUCGUUUCUCUGCAUUAUUGAUGUAAAUUGGGAAACACCGGGAAACACAGCCAGGAGAGUUGACGCACCGCUAUGAGAGCCUUGCAAGUGAGUUUAACUUGGGGUGACCGUCCGAUCUUCGAAAGGAAUCCGAGAUGCCUCACAUAAAGCACAUACUUUGGCUAGUUUGCGUGUGUGUCCUCUCCCAAAAUGCAGACGCCAUGGCGAUGAGAGCCCAGAUCAGUUCCCCCGUCCAGGGCUCUCUGGCGGAGACGGCGGUCCUCUCCUGCCACUUCACCACCAGGAGCGGCACCGGCCUCCCGGCCACCACCACGCCGACCUCGGCCGCAGACCACCUGCGCAUCAAGUGGACCAAGCUGGAGGGCGACACGGAGAAGGUGGUGCUGGUGGCCCAGAACGGUGUCAUCAAGACGGGACCGGGCUACCUGGGCAGGGUGUCCGUGCCGGCCAACAUCGAGGAGGCCGGGGACGCCUCUCUGACCGUGCAGCAGCUGCGGGCCAGCGACGAGGGCGUCUAUCGGUGCGAGGUCAUGUAUGGCAUCGACGACACACAGGCCACCGUCUCCUUGGACGUCAGUGGUGUUGUGUUUCACUACCGGCCGGGCACCACUCGGUAUGGGCUAACCUUUGAGCAAGCCAAGCAGGCCUGCCAAAAUGUCGGAGCCACAAUAGCCACAGAGGACCAACUGACGUCUGCGUUCGAGGAUGGCUUCGACCACUGUGACGCCGGCUGGAUAGCGGAUCAGUCUGUCAGAUACCCCAUCACCACGCCAAGACCAGGCUGCUUUGGAGACAAGCUGAAGAAGCCUGGCAUCCGAACCUACGGAGUCAGAGAUGCCACUGAGCUGUAUGAUGUCUACUGCUAUGUUGGCAAGAUCCCCGGUGAGGUCUUCUACCCCCCUGGGACCCGCAUGAACCUGCGAGAGGCCAAGUCCUACUGCAAGAGGCUGGGCACCGUGGUGGCCUCCGUCGGACAGCUGCACGCCGCCUGGAGGGAGGGCCUGGACCGCUGUGACUACAGCUGGCUGUCUGACGGCAGUGUGCGCUACCCCAUCUCCGUCCCCAGGUACCAGUGCGGACGAGGCACGCUGGGAGUUCGCACUCUCUACCGCUACGAGAACCAGACUGGAUUCCCUCUGCCCAACCAGAAGUUUGGUGUCUUCUGCUUCAGAGCAUACCAGUUCUCCACCACCGCCCCAGUGCGUAUCCCAGUCUCCUCCACCACCGUCGCCACCAAGACCUCCCCCAGACGCCCCGACUCGAGGGAGGAGUCCCUGUCCACGUUCUCCUCCACCAUGACCUCCCCGGCCAGCCGAGUCUCCUCCACCACCUCCCCGGUGGCCUCCCCGACCCCGUUCAGCGACUACUCUGAUGAGGUGAUGAGCCGCGUCCCCCUGGUGGAGUCCAUCCCAGAGUUCCCCCUGCCUCCUCUCCCGCCUAAGAAGGGAAAACCCGGCCUGGAUGUGGAGCAGGCCAAGGAGCACGAGAGCAGUGCGGACGGAGGUAGUGGCGUGGGCGAGGUCACCCCUCUGGCCACCCCGGGCGCCCCGAUCCUGACGGGCGACGGCUCCGACAAGCCGGCUAUCGUGUUCAAGGGGACGCCUGCCACGGAACGGGACGUCUUGCCGCCGGGACGUCCCGAGGACAGCACCAGGGACGCAGUGGUCAUCGCCGAGUCGGCCACGGCGCCCACGGGCGUGGUGGUGGCCAAGAUCCCCGACGGGGAUGGUGUCGAUGCCACCGGGCUUCAGACUGAUGCCACCAAGCCACCGUUCCACCUGAUCAUUGUCAACGUGGAUCACAAGAAUCAAUCAGUCGAUGACAUUCUGCACAUCAUUGGAGGCAUCCCAGCUCCCGACCUCAGUUUCGACGUGCCGACCACCACAGACAGCGACGCGGCGCCGGGAAGCGGCGACAUCGACUCCCCAGCCGUCGGCGCCGUCACCAUCAGCCCCACGCUGAGCUUCGUCAACGGGAAGCACGAGAUCACCAUCAAGCCCGACGAGGACGUGCAAGAAGCCCGCGGCGACCAGUUUGAGGUCGCUACGCCGUCCAUUCUGAUUCCAGGUCCCGAUGAUGGUACUGAGACAGAGACGACGACUCCCUUCGACUACGUCAUCGAGGUGAACACUUACGAUGUAGACGGGUUCGAUGCUGAGUCCACCACAUCUUCUCCAACCAGCACGCCGUCUAGCCGGAAAACCACAAAGCAGGAAGUCGACGGCAAAGUCACAACAAGCGACUCAGCCAAAGGAAGUGAGGAGGCAGCGAGACCCCCAACAGAGGACGAGAGGGACAGGACUCGCGGCGAAGGAUCCGCGGACGACUCUGCCCCCACCGCUCCAUCCCAAGCUUCCAUCACCGUGGCAACGGACGAAGCUGAGAUCGCAGAGGGUGGCAAGGUCUCGGAGACCACAGUCAGCCCGAUCGUCAUCGCCACUCCCAAAGCUGAGGGCGAGGCCGACGGGAAACCAGCAGACGCAGAAGACUUCGAGGGCUCGACUUCUGCCGAUGAUGACGGCUCUGGACAGGACGAGCGCCCCGCUGGUGAGACCGGCGAGUCCGUUAAGCCAGCGGAUGCCAACGGAUCCCCGCUGGCUGUGCCCGAUGUCACGCUAUCCUUAACCACCCCGAUGGGCACCACUCUGGACCAGCGUGGACGCGGCGAUAAGCUCGACAAGGACGACGGAAAAGACACAGCGACAGAAUCCCCUCUGGCAGUGCCUGCAACGAGUGUCGAGGAUGGCGGCUCUGGCGAUCGCAAGACAUCCUCUGAGGAGGUUGAUUCAGUGGCAACUGCUCCACCCGCACUGGGCGCAGGGGCUGUAAGCGUAGACAGGGCUGACCCCAGACAGACAACUGCCGGCAAGUUCGUAACCCCUGCAAAGGAGACCGUUGGACUCCCGGGAACCACCAGGGGAAAAGACGCCACCAAGGUGACGUCUGGCUCAGCCACCACCGGGCGUAAAGAUCCUGUUGUGACUUCUGGUUCAGCCACCACCGGGCGUAAAGACACCGCUGCUGUAGUGCCACCAAAGCCCGCUGAGAGCCAGCCUGAGGUGACUCCUCCUAAGCCUCAGACCACGGGCAGCAGAACCACCCAGGGGGGUGAUGAUUACGAGGACGGUCCAGAUUAUGACGCUGGACCCAAACUGGUAGAGGCCGGCCCGCCUCCUGUUCGCUCCACGACCGCAGUACCAGAGACUGGAACCGGCCACCAUGUGGAGGGACACACCGUGGACCUGCCAGCUCUUGUCCUGUGCCCUGAAGGGGACUGUCAGAAUGGAGGCACUUGCUAUCUGCAGGGGAAAGUGAAGACCUGCCUGUGUGCUCCAGGCUUUGAUGGAGAUCGCUGUGAGAAAGAGGCUGACGAGUGCCAAUCCAACCCCUGUCUGAACGGGGCCACCUGCGUGGACGGCAAAAACACCUACACCUGCGUCUGCCUGCCCAGCUACUCUGGGUCCAACUGCGAGCACGACACAGAGACGUGUGACUUUGGCUGGAGCAAGUUCCAGAGCCACUGCUACAAGUACUUCAGCCACCGCCGCACCUGGGACGCCGCAGAGAGGGAGUGCCGGCUGCAGGGGGCGCACCUCACCAGCGUGCUGUCCAAUGAGGAGCAGCUCUUUGUCAACCGUUUGGGGCACGAUUACCAGUGGAUCGGUCUGAACGAUAAGAUGUUUGAGCAGGACUUCCGCUGGACGGAUGGCAAGCCCAUGCAAUUUGAGAACUGGCGGCAGGGCCAGCCGGACAGCUUCUUCUCCACAGGAGAGGACUGCGUGGUGAUGAUCUGGCACGAGGACGGCCAGUGGAACGACGUCCCCUGCAACUAUCACCUGACCUUCACAUGCAAGAAGGGGACAGUGUCUUGUGGGCAGCCACCGGUGGUGAAGGACGCGCGGGUGUUUGGCACCAUGAAGGCCCGCUACGAGAUCAACUCCCUGGUGCGUUACCACUGCAAGGACGGCUUCAUCCAGAGGCACGUGCCCACCAUCCGCUGCCGCUCCGACGGCCGAUGGGACACACCCAAGAUCACCUGCCUGAGCCCUUCCACCUACCACCAGGCCAUGGGACAGAAGUUCCAGUACAGCAACUUCCUCAACAACAAGAGGCGCGUCAACGACUCCUUCAGGCAUCGUCAGAACUGGAACAAGGAGGACGGAAAAGGACGGCACUGAUCCAUCUAUCACACCUGACGGAGGAAACAAUAAGGAAAUACACCAGAGAGCAAAACACCAUAAUGUGCCUUCAUCAUCACAGACAUCUACACAAAAGCAGUCCGGAAGACAGCCGCCAUUUUUCAUCCAUGCCAUCUUGCCAACGUAAUCUGUUUUAAGAGGUGACACUGCCAUGAAAAAGACGAGAUGUCAACAGCUUACCACUGAAAUGUAGUUAUCAUUGUCUGACUAUGCAGUUAUAAUGUUUUUGUUUUGUUUUGUUUCGUUUCAUCUCUUCUUUUUUCUUUUCUUUUUUUUUUGAGGGGAACAUGCUAAGGGAAUCAAAAACGGAAACAUGUAAAUAGGCAAUCAUUGCUUAUUUUUGAACUUUUCUUUCAGUUCACAUCCAGUGCUAAAGGGGAAUUGAGGAGUUGUGGACGAGCUUUUUUUUUUUUCUUUGGCCUGAUGCUAGUUCUUCUGAGUGAAUCGCUCACUCAGUCACCUAACACUUCUGUAACUGAUGUCCGUGGAUCCCGUGCCGGACUGAGGUAGUGGGGACACUUUUUAGGGGACGCUGACUGAAAAAAGGGAUUCAUUUUUUUAAGUGCAUAAGAAAUGCAGUGACUGUGCUGGCAUGAUUGUCAAUGUAUAGAGAGUGUCCUCCACAGACCCAGACACCAGGGACAGACAGCCUCUCGACUGUGAAAAAGGUCACAGACAUUACAGAUCUCCUGCGGAGGUUUAUUUUUUGUUUUUUGGAGGAUGAGAGGAUUGUAUCAGAAGUGUCACUUUGGUCAUUUUUUUUUAUCAAGGUCAAAGUUAUAUUUACUGAAGUUAUUCUCCAGUAUUUACAAAAAAUAUAACACCCAAAUCCAUCAUUUUUGUACUAGAAAUAUGAUAAAUAUGGGGGUUGUAUAUAUAGGUAACCAUUCUUUUUUUAAUGAAUGUUAUGGUAAGAUAUUAAAAAAGAAAAUGCUGUAUGUGUGACUGCUUCGGUCAGAGAUAUUUUCCACCAGAUAAGUGACGAAAAAAUUUACACAAGACCAUUUAUGUUUUUAAUUUAUUGCAAAUGUUUCUUAUAACAAUGAACUGUGAGAUUUAAAUAAAGUCA